ACGUCACAACUGUCGUGAACAGCACACUGAACGUGCGCGGUUUAAAUAAGAGGCUACGCUAAACAAUUUCAAACGACUGGUCGCACACAUGACCAAACGGAGGGCAGAAAACGCUUUGCCUCCAGAAAUCGCCACAAAAAGGUGUCUACGUUCUCUUUUCAACAUCGACGACAAACCCGGAGGAGUGACUAUGGUGCAAAACGGUAACGUUAGCGUUGAUCUGUUACCACUUUUAUCAUGUGUUGGACAACGGUGCAGAAAAAGGCCUAACUAUAAUGAAGACUCACACAUUACAGGUGACUUGCCGAGAAAGGCACCUGCAAACAGAGUCAAUUCAGCGUUGGGAGAGAAGAACACGUGGAAGUCUAGAAAAGUCGAGGAUGCUGGCAAACCUGUCGCGCCGGAGGAUGAGCCAAAUAAAAAGCCAAAUGGACAGAAUGCUGUGCCCGCAGGAGACAAGGUGAUGCACACAGAUGAUGGGCUCUCUGCUUUUAACUCCUUCCAGUUCUGGCGGGUUCCACUACCAGAGUUGGAUUUCUCUCUUCUGGAGCCCACGGAUAGGUCCAGUACUGCAAUUUCCACAAAAGAUUUAGAAGCGAUGGAAACCUGAGGAGUAUCACAGAAGAACAUGGCAAUGGAGAGGCUCAUUCAUGUUGAGAUGUUAGGUGUCGUGACCCGACUUGACAUGUGCACAGACAUUGGCCACUGAUGAGGUGAUUCUGUGUUACUUUCCCCUAGAUAUUUGUCUAUUAAUGAAGCCUUUUGUUGUUAGGAGGCCUGCAGCAAAAAGAGUCAUUUGAUAACAGGGGAACAAAUGUUGGACACAUGACCUUAGUGUUCAGAAGUGUGCAAGUAUGUACUAGUAAAUGUUUGCAUUAGAUUCAUCAUGGAUUUGUUUAAUUUCUGUCAGUAGCUGUAAAAGCAGUAUCUGUGAAAUUGUUCUGUGCAGCAUCUCAAAAAAAUUUUUUGUAAGCACUCAGGAGUGUUCAAAGUAUAGAAUUGUCCGAUUCAUAGUGUUCGGUAGGACUAAACCAGUCUUAUUUCUUCACCGUUAAAAUACUUUCUAUUUUUUUUUCUUGUUUCUUUUCUCUGAGCCACUUUUUGUAAGAUUGACACUUCUUAACAGUGAACAGCUCGGAGAGCUUCAGAAUGCUUGUCGGGUUUAUAAAUGCUUUGUAUGUUCCAGCAGCCGUCAUUGUAAUUGCACUCUGAUGUUUUUUUGAAGUUGCUCAACAGCAAUAAAAUGUUUUUUAUACGA